AUGGGCUCUAAUUUGCUUCUUUUCUUUGCAGGAAAGUGUGGCGGCGUGACAUGGAGGAAGCGAGGAGCGGGUCGAGUGAGUCAUGAUCGUCCGCGGACUCGAACUCCACGCCGAGGACACUAUCGCACGCCCUCGCGCCCGACGCGCCGCAUUCUAACGCGGCUGGAGAAGCAAAGCAGCAGCGAGGACAGUUGCAGCAGUAGCAGCAGUAGUAGCGCUUGCACCACCCCCGACCGGCGGCCCACGCGCCCCUCUCCAAGACAGAACAAAGUACAAACUUCAAGCACCACUAAAUCGCGUGAGGCCGAGCUCACCGGCCAGAGCGCAAGCAGCAUCAGCGGCGAGCAUAGCAGUAGAAGUAACUCCAGUACAAACCGGCCCACGCCCAGCCCGCCCAGCCCGCCCAGCCCGCCCGCCAAGGCUGCCGUCGAGCGAGCCACGCCGAGCCCGCCCUCGAAGGCAAGCGCCGCCGCCAGCCCCCCCAAGGGCGCCUCCGAUCGGCCCGGCAAGAGAGGCUCCCCCAACAACGGAGCGACCCGCCGGCCGCCGCAGCGCUGCCGGAGCGUCUCCCCGGGCACCCGCGCCGCCCACUUCGCGGCCGCCACGCAAUGCUCAAACAAGAACAACACUAAUAACGAGAACAAUAGAAACACCGGCAAUUGCGAGAACAAUAGCAGCAAGAGCCAGAAACGGAAGAGCAACGCCAGCCCGAGCCGAGGCCACAAUUCCGCCCCCAGACACGCCGCCGAAAGGGAGUCGCGGCCCGUCUCGCCCGCCCACCAUUCCCAUUCAAAGACCAGCCGGAAGGAUUCCCAUUCCACGGAUGGAAGUUCCUCCGAGGAACCUGUGGUGAUCUACGAGAAGACCACCUACCGCCCCCCGCCGCCCGACGCCCACAGAACCCCCUUGGGCAGCGCCAGCAAGGAAGCGGCCAGGACCCCGCAGGCUCCCCCGUCAAAGGACGCCCAGAGAAGAACGGAGGCAGAACCGCGUCCCAAGGAAGACGCCGCGUGCAAACCCAAGAGCUCGCCCGUACCUGCCCCGAGCGAGGCGCCGAGACCCGCCCCGCCACGAAAGGAAGAGGCUCCGUCGCUCACUGUCAGCAGCGGGACCCCUCCGAGGUCAAGCAGCGGCAGGAGUCCCUCGAGCGAGGGCGUGAGUACAGCGCCCCGAGAGGAGAGCAGUGACGUGAGUGUGGUGUGUGCCGUCAGGGCGCCAGAAGAGCUCGCCCCGCGCUGCUUGCCCAAGGCCCUUCCUCUUGAUGAGGUUCGGCUCCCUGUGCCGCCCGGUGCUUGCCGAAGCGAGAGUGCCGCUGCGAAGUCGCUGCCGCCCGAUGUGGUCAUAGUGCCGGCCGACCCGCCGCACGAGGAGCCCAAGUGCCAAAGAGAGAGAGCGACCGAGGGCGCGCCCCGAGUGUGUAUCGCCUCCGAGCCGCCGCUGGACCUGGCCAGAGACCACCCGCUCGGCCACCCGCUCGGCCACGCACACCCCCGGACCACGGAGGGCCCCGCGGUACCCUCGCCUGCCCGAGAAUGUAAGCGGCCCGUGUGCUCGAGUGCCACCACGAGUCUCAGCGUCUGCAGCAGGAGCGGUGCCAGCAGCGUCAACAACGUCGCUUUCUGCCCCGGCGACAAUCGAGUGAGCGAGGCGGCAGUCAGUGCCCGCAGUAGUGCCAGUGUUGCGAGUGUAGACCAAGGACGUUUCGUGAGUGCCGCGGUCAGCCACCAUGACACAGGUGUUAAGAAUGGCGUUGUGGGCCACAGUGCCAGCAGUGUUGUGGUGAGCAGUGUCACUGCUCCCAUUUGUGACGGUGUGACUACGGUGCCAUCAGUGACAAGUGUAUCGAUAGUGGCUGGCACUCCAAGUGCCAUUGUUAGUGCCGUUGCGUGGUCGUCAGAAAGCAACAAGGUGAACACUACUAGCAGCAAUAGCAGCAGUGGUAGUGUUUGUAGUAGUGGUGGCAGCGGUAGCAGCCGUGGGUGUGGUGAGGUGGCGGGCGUGGUGAGCGGGCGGGCAGUGACGAUCACCGCCACCAGCGGGCCGGGCCCCACGUGCGCCUCCCGCGUGGCCUCCCCGCCCUGCGUGAGCAUCACGGCCGUGGUGCGGACAGCAGCAGCCCCAGCCCCAGCAGCAGCAGCCCCCGCAGCAGCAAGCCCAGCAGGUCCCCAGUAG